ACGAAAAAUUGACAACGAGCGACUAACUUUGGUUUCCCAAUGGUUUGAAAAUGAAGAAGUGCUCAUGAGCGGGAGUGCAGGUGUAUUUGCGGUCUUAAACACCAUCCCUUCCAGCUCCAGCUCAGACUCUUCAUCAAGCUCAGAAGAGUCCGAACGAGAAGAAGCAAGUAAAUGCUCAAACUUUUGCGAAGUUAUAGAAGGAUAUUCAGAAAAAGAAUUUAAAUCGCACAUGAGACUUCGACGAUCAACUGCCGAAUAUUUGAUCGAGAGAUAUGUAAGCAGUGUUCUACCAAAAACCCACUCUGGCGGUAGGGAAAGUGUGCCAUCAAGGAAGAAAGUGUUGAUGUUUAUUUGGUACAUCAGCAACACCAUAACAUUUCGACAACUUGGCAACCUAUUUGGAGUAUCUCAGCCUACUGGUUGGUCUGUUGUAAACAACGUUUCAACAUGGAUGGUAUCACGAACGGUAGACACGAAAAGGAAAUUUAAAGAAAAGAGUGGAAUACCGGGAGUUAUUGGAGCCAUUGACUGCACGCAUAUUCGCAUCAAAGCUCCAAAAGAAAAUAAGGAAUGCUAUUUUGAUCGGAAGCAUAGCUACAGCUUAGUACUUCAAGCAGUAGUGGACGCUGAUAAAAGAUUUACCGACGUAAAUUGUGGUGAGCCUGGAUCACUUCACGACAGCAGAGUCCUUCGAAGAUCUAACCUGUUUUUUAAAGCGCAGUCGGAGCCACGAAGUUUAUUUCCAAACGAAUCCUUCAUUUUGGGUGAUUCUGCAUAUCCUUCAACAAGCUGGUUAGUACCACCUUAUAAGGAUUACGGCAACUUGAGCGUAUCGCAACGAAAUUUUAACAAAGUGCACUCUUCUACCCGCAUCGUUGUAGAAAACGCCUUUGGGUUAUUAAAAACUCGAUUUAGAAGAUUGUUACAUUUUACAGAACAAACCAAUUUAUGUUUCGUUGUCAAUCUAAUUGUUAGUGCCUGUAUUCUCCAUAAUAUUUGUAUAACAUUUGACGAUUUAGAUAUUGAAAUUGCCCAAAACGAAUACCUUGAAAAUAAUAUGGAAGAUGAGCCUCUUACAGGCAAUCACCAU